AAUUCAGUGCAUCAUGUCGGCGAGAAAGCUGCUGUCACUGGUGUUCAUCAGGAAGCAGCAGGAAAUACUGCUGGGCCUGAAGAAGCGCGGAUUCGGCCAGGGCAAGUGGAACGGCUUCGGCGGCAAAGUCGAGCCCAACGAGACGAUACUCCAGGGAGCGAUACGCGAGGUGAAGGAGGAAUGCGGCCUGAACGCGAUGGACCUGCGCAAGAUCGGCCUGCUGGAGUUCGAGUUCGAGGGCGAUCCCACGGCUCUAGAGGUGCACGUCUUCGAGACUUACAAAUUCAACGGCGACGUCGUCGAGUCCGAUGAGAUGCGGCCACAGUGGUUUGACCUGAAGCACAUACCCUACGAGAAGAUGUGGCCCGACGACGAGAUCUGGUUCCCGUACAUGCUGCGCGACGAGCCGUUCAAGGGCUACUUCCUGUAUCGCGGCAUCGACCUCAUCGUCAAGCACAGGCUCGAGAGGCUCGAUCUCACGAUCAAAGAUACGUCGAAGGGUUGAUAAACCCCAAAAGCAGAAGCAAAAAGCCAACCAAGGUUGGCAAUGGUGGUGGUGUUAGGACGACGAUGAUUAUUUUUUUUAUUCUUCUUUCCUUGGAUUCAAACUUUUAUAAUCGUGUGCUCUGAUUUUGUAUAAAGCUUGAGCUUUUUUUCUCAACCCCUCUUAACGAUUCUCAAAAUGAGUGUGAACGAGAGUAUUGAACUAGAUUUAAUUGUUUAUUGUUUUUUUAGUAUUAUCAUUAUUAUCAUGAAAAAAAUAAAUGAAUGUUACGAGCCGCAGUGCUCGCGAGCUGUUUUCCAUUGAUGAAACACAAGUUACCAUUCCAUUCAAUGGUUUAUUCUAAAGUAUAAGUAUGUUACAUGUAAAAAAAAUAUCGAUUGAACGUGAGUUUUUUUUGUAAGGAGAAAUCGAUCGAGCUUAACUCAAAAUGUGAUUUAAUAAAACUGAUUAUUAUUGAGUUACACAAUGA